AUGACCAACAGGUAUCUACUCCCUAUAUCCUAUUUCCAAUUCCCCAAGACUCUCAUCCCCAUAUCACUCCCAACCCUCCAACCAGCCAGCAAGAGUAUGCGUCAACAUUUCAACAUCAACACAAACACCACCAUUCUAUUCAUUCAAAUCCAAACCAAACUCAUUCUUCUCCCCUUGUCAACCCCCCAGCAAACAAACUACCUUCACGACACAGCCCAACUCCUCAACGGCGUCCCCCGCCACCCAACCAACACCAAAUUCGUCCCCGUCGGCCACAUCUCUCUCGACUCUCAAAACCCAGGCGUCGAGACCAUCGGCGUCACCAGCUCCGCACCGGGUAUGUUCUGGAUCAAAACGUUCUUCGUGUCCCGAACCGUUCAGAGCAAGGGUGUGGGUCGCGCCGCCAUGGACGAGGUCGAGGCGAUGGCAGGUAGAGCACCGCUGUCAGCCAAGACGUUGGUCUUGGAUGUGAUUGUGGGCGAGGAUCAGAUGAGGGAGGAUUUUGCCCUGGCUACGUCGGGCUUUAUUCCAAAGUUUACUACUGAGGGAUGGUAUUUGAGAAGAGGGUAUCAGCCGUUUAAGACGGUACAGAACUUUUACGAUGCCGUUGAUCAGACUGGGAAGCACUGGGAUAUGCGGACAACGUUUAUGAAGAAGGAAAUUCGGUGA